UCACUUGCCGCCGAUAACCUACUUUUUUUCACCAACAUUUACCAGUUACCAAGCUCCGUUACAGUAAAAAUGCCUGUGAAAGCAAAGAAAUGGAUUUUGGCGCACCAGUUCGAUGGAGUGCCCAAAGAUUCUGAUCUGGAGCUUGUCGAGGAGGAACUGCCAGAGCUUCAAGAUGGACAGAUCCUGAUGGAGGCUGAGGCCCUCAGUGUGGACCCAUAUAUGAGGGCCUUUGCGUCGAGAUCAUUGAAAGAAGGCGAGUGCAUGAUGGGUACACAGGUUGGGAAAGUGGUAGAGAGUAAGGAUCCACAGUAUCCGGUAGGGACGACAAUCGUUGCAAAUGUUGGAUGGCGGACACAUGCUAUCCUGAGAGCGGACCAGGAAAGGCAAGGGGUCGGUGGUAUGCCAACAGUUAUGCCAGCUACUCCAGCCCCCGGUCUCCCAGUGUCAGUUAACCUGGGUGUCCUCGGCAUGCCUGGUGCCACAGCAUACUUUGGUUUACUUGAGCUCUGUCAGCCCAAGGCGGGGGAGGUAGUGGUGGUCAGUGCAGCCGCAGGGGCAGUGGGCAGUUUGGUCGGACAGAUAGCCAAAAUUAAGGGAAAACUUAAGUACAGAGAAACUACUACCAAGGGCUUCGAGAACAUGAGGGAGGCCUUCUAUGGAAUGUUGCGAGGGGAUAAUACAGGAAAAGCUGUAGUGAACAUCUGAGAAAACUGCAGAACAACAAAUUUCUACCAACA